AGUCCAGACUUUCACGACAGAACAGCAACAGCGACCAGAGGACCAAGCCCCGUGAGCAUUCAAUAGAUUGUGGCGACAUUGUCUGGAGUCUUGCUUUUGGGUCUUCUGUGCCUGAAAAGCAGAGUAAACAUUGCUAGACAUAGAAUGGCAUCGGUUCAAGUUUGGACAAGAUCAACUUCUGCUGGCCACAGGCUUAUCCAGUGGACGUAUCAAAAUAUGGGAUGUCUAUACAGGAAAGCUGCUCCUUAAUUUAAUGGACCACACUGAAGUUGUGAGAGACUUAACUUUUGCCCCUGAUGGGAGCCUCAUACUAGUGUCUGCCUCAAGGGACAAAACGCUCAGAGUGUGGGACCUAAAAGAUGAUGGAAAUAUGAUGAAAGUAUUAAGAGGGCACCCAAACUGGGUUUAUAGCUGUGCUUUCUCUCCAGAUUCUUCCAUUCUCUGCUCUGUGGGUGCCAGCAAAACAGUGUUGCUUUGGGAUAUGGACAAAUACUCCCUCAUCCGGAAACUGGAAGGCCAUCACAAUGAUGUGGUAGCCUGUGAGUUUUCUCCUGAUGGAGCUUUGCUGGCUACUGCAUCGUACGACACUUGUGUUUCUGUGUGGGACCCCUAUAUUGGAAUUGUUUUGAUGGAGUUUGGGCAUCUGUUUCCUGCUCCUUCUCCAAUAUUUGCUGGGGGAGCAAACGAUCGAUGGGUCAGAGCUGUAUCUUUUAGCCAUGAUGGACUUCACGUUGCAUCUGUUGCUGAUGAUAAGAUGGUGCGAUUCUGGAGAAUUGAUGAAGACUGUCCUGUGCAAGUUGCUCCCUUAAGCAAUGGACUUUGCUGUGCCUUUUCUACUGAUGGCAGCGUUUUAGCUGCUGGAACACAAGAUGGAAGUGUGUACUUCUGGGCCACUCCCAGACACGUCGCCAGCCUCCAGCACUUGUGUCGCAUGGCAGUCCGGAGAGUGAUGGUCACCAGUCAGGUGGAGGCCUUGCCCAUUCCUUCCACAGUGGUGGCUUUUCUGUCCUAUCGUUCUUAGAAAGAAUCUUAUAAGACAACACCAGACUCGAUGGCCUUUGUGCUUAAAGCAUCAUAGGCUUUGUACUGCAUUUGAUAAUUUUUCCAUUUAAAAUAACCCAGAAGGUCCUUAAUUUUCACCAUGUGGAGAUUUUAAGGAAGUUAUUUAUAGAAAAGAACAGGUAGAAAUAUUCAGAAUUUUUUAAAAACUUGCCGACUGUGAAAGAUGUGUACAUAAUUACAUGUAAGCUACACUGUGUUGUUUUUAUGUAUCUUGUGGAUCCUUUUCCUGAUAUAGUAUGUAGUGUUAUGUGUAUAUAUCAUGUCUCUGGCGCCUCCAGAGAUCACGGUGCUGUGUAAAGUGGAAGGACACCUCUGGAACUGGGAGAGAUGUUGGACAAAGCUCAGCUGCUUCUAUGCUGUGUGUGUUGGGCUGGGCUUAGAAAACUAGCUGUAGGUGCAUCUUGUUGAGUCUGCAUAAAUGAGUUGGCUCAAGGUGUGCACGGAACCGACAAAUGGGUUGAACCACAGGUGAUUGGGGGACGUACAGAACUUGUACAUCGAUUUAAUAAGCAGGCACGUUACCUUCAAGAAGGCCUUAAUUCUACAACAAUGUGAAAGGUCAAUUGUUUUUGAUCCUCUGGGGCUUUCAAAAUUUAGCUGCUGCAUUCCUGCCUGACAAUUUCUUUAAUAUGUGAACAUCUAACAAACCUCGGCUCUUCAGCAUUCUCCAACCCUUGCCAUGGCAAAGGUUGAUGUUGGGUGAACUACCAAAGAUGAGGCAUUCCCAUUUUCCUUUUGCCUCCUGUUUAUCUGGCCCUGCAGAUACAGAGAAUGUAUGCAUUGCAUAAAAUGCCUGAUUAUAUAUAUUUUGAACUUUUUAUAUUAAAGAAAUGCACAAAAAAGA